CCUCUUCCUCCUCCUCCUUCUCCUCCUCUCCAUCAGCAGCUCUGGAUGUCUGCAGCAGAGACACGAACAUGGCUGUGAAUCUGGGGAAGAACCGUCUGGCCCUGCUCACCGCCUACCAGGCCGUGAUCGACGACACCGCGGACACCGACUGGGCCUUGUACACAUAUGAGGACAACGAGAGUAAUGAUUUGUCCCUGGCAGCAUCAGGAGGAGGCGGCCUGCCAGAGAUCACGCUGACCUUUGACAGCGCCAAGGUGAUGUACGGCUUCUGCAGCCUGAAGGAGCCCGCCGCCGCCCUGCCACGAUACAUCCUCAUCAACUGGGUCGGGGACGACGUGCCGGACGCCAGGAAGUGCGCCUGCGCGAGCCACGUCGCCACCAUCGCUGACUUCUUCCAGGGCGUGGAGGUCACGAUCAACGCCAGCAGCCUGGAGGACAUCGACCCGUCGGCCAUCGGACAGCGGCUCACCAACGGGACGGCGGCGGCGGUGGCGAGUCCCGUCCUGAGUCGCCUGAGGACCCGAGACGAAGAGCACGCAGACGUGGGAACAGUUUACGAGAAAACCAACGCAGAGGUGGAGAUGAAGAAAAUCAAUCGAGAGGAAUUCUGGGAGCAGGCCAAGCGAGAGGAGGAGCUGAGGAAGGAGGAGGAGAAGAAGCGAUUGGCCGAGGAGCGUCAGCGCUUCGAGGAGGAGAGGAUGGAGCUGGAGAGGAAAGAGCAGGAGAACCGGGAGCAGAGGUACCGAGAGCGGGAACGUCAGAUCGAGGAGCACAGGAAGAAGAUUCAGGAGGAGGACGAGGUCAGAGAGAGGUUACAGAGCCAGGCGACCAUCGCGGCCGUGGCGAGUCUGGACGACCUGAACCUGGACAAGAAGGAGACGGAGGUGGAGGAGGCGAAGGCGAUCAUCGCCCAGCGCUCAGGGAACCCGCGGGAGUUCUUCAAGCAGAAGGAGCGAGCGAUGACCGUCAGCGUGGACACCUCGCCCGUCUCCGUGCACCGGACCGGGGACGAUGACGAUGACGAUGACGACGACGACGACGACGAAGCGAGCGCAGAGCGCAACGUGGCCGCCGUGUCGCCCGUUCCCAAAAUCGUCACCACAGACAUCAGAGAGGACUUCGGCCGCGAGGGGGAGGACGGCAGAGACGCGUUGGACUCGGUGGCGAAGCCGGAGCAGAAGCCGCCGGUACAGGAGUCGACGCCCACCAAGCCCGUGCAGAGCGUCGCCCCUCAGGCCCGCGACUCGUCCGGCUUCUCGGUGUGGGAGUCCGGGACGGAGCACCUGGUCAACCUGUGGGACAGCAGCUCGGCUCCUCCCACAAACCCCUCCCAGACGUCCCAGUCCUCCAACCUGGUGGACCUGAUGGGCGACGUCCUGCCCAGCGCCGCCGCCGCCGCCGGCCGCCCUCAGCCACUCCUCAGCUUCGACGACAUGAUGGACGGGACUCUCUGCUCGGCAACCGUCGCCGAGGACGACCCGUCCAGCCUGGUGGACGUGACCUGCUCCGAUCAGAUGACCCUCAGCUACCAGCAUGCACUGCAGCACGCGUCGGGGGACGGGCAGGAGCUGGAUGACGGACAGCUGCUGAUGACCAAUGGGGAGACGCUGCUGAAAGAAGGGACGCAGGCGAGUGAGGGCUACUUCAGCCAAUCGCAGGAGGAGGAAUUUGGCCAAUCGGAGAAUUCCUCGGCCAAACCAGCGCCAGUGUUUUAUAACAAGCCACCAGAGAUUGACAUCACGUGCUGGGACACAGACCCCGUGGUCGACGACGACGACGACUAACCGGCCAAUCGGACGCCACGUCACGCCAUCGGACCAAGAGGAAGUAGGAAGUGCCGCUUCAUGAAGAAAAACUGAUUUUUUUUUCUAAAAAAAAAGAAAAAAGAAAAACACAAACAAACAAAAAAAGUAAUAAAUAAUAACAACAACAACAACAACAAGUUUCAUCAUAAACUACUUCUGUCUUGAUCUUUUAGAGGAAAACAAACCGUAGCCACGUUUGAUGCUCAGCUCAGUUUUUAUUUCUGUGUUUUGUUCUUUUUAUUUAUUUCUUUUUCUUUUUGCGAUGCAGAUGUAUUAGCCGGAGCUUUGGGAACUUUUUUUUUUCUGUACAUGAUUUAUUAAUCGUUAACGUAGCGCACUGCGCCUCACCUGCUCUGUAGUGCUUUAAUAAUAACACCAUAUAAACUAAUCCUGUGUAUAACUUCACUCUCUUUCUUUCUUCUUCUUCACCUCCUUCCUCCCGCCGACACACUUCACCUCCGCAGGAAGUUCGUCUUGUUAUUUAGCGAAAAGAAGUUUAAAAAUAAACAACAGCAACGACGACGACGGUGAAACAUUUAACUUAUUCUGGUGUGUCCGAACUUCAGGAUGAAAUCUGCUGACACGAGUCAAACUGUGGCUUCCUGUUUCACCUUUUUCACUCCUUUUGUAUGAUUUUACGACUGAACUCAAGAUUAAACGGCUUCUCAAUCUGAAA